GGGAAGGGUUCACCGAAAGUUCACUCGCAUAUAUUAGGCAAUUCAAUCUUUCAUUCUGUGUGACAGAAGUAGUAGGAAGUGAGCUGUUCAGAGGCAGGAGGGUCUAUUCUUUGCCAAAGGGGGGACCAGAAUUCCCCCAUGCGAGCUGUUUGAGGACUGGGAUGCCGAGGACGCGAGCGAGCCGGGCAGGGUUUGUCUGGGCACCGUCGGGGUAGGAUCCGGACCGCAUUCGGAAGGCUUUUUGCAGGCAUUUUCUUGGAAGGAGAACUUGGAAUCUUUCUGGGAACCCCCGCCCCGGCUGGAUUGGCCGAGCAAGCCUGGAAAAUGGUAAAUGAUCAUUUGGAUCAAUUACAGGCUUUUAGCUGGCUUGUCUGUCAUAAUUCAUGAUUCGGGGCUGGGAAAAAGACCAACAGCCUACGUGCCAAAAAAGGGGCAGAGUUUGAUGGAGUUGGGUGGACUUUUCUAUGCCAUUUGCCUCCACACCUAGAGGAUAAGCACUUUUGCAGACAUUCGGUGCAGGGGAGAUCAUGUUUGACUGUAUGGAUGUUCUGUCAGUGAGUCCUGGGCAAAUCCUGGAUUUCUACACUGCGAGUCCGUCUUCCUGCAUGCUCCAGGAGAAAGCUCUCAAAGCAUGCUUCAGUGGAUUGACCCAAACCGAAUGGCAGCAUCGGCACACUGCUCAAUCAAUUGAAACACAGAGCACCAGCUCUGAGGAACUGGUCCCGAGCCCUCCGUCUCCACUUCCUCCCCCCCGUGUGUACAAACCCUGCUUCGUCUGCCAGGACAAAUCAUCGGGGUACCACUAUGGAGUCAGCGCCUGUGAGGGCUGUAAGGGCUUUUUCCGCAGAAGUAUUCAGAAGAACAUGAUUUACACUUGUCAUCGAGAUAAGAACUGUGUUAUUAACAAAGUCACCAGGAAUCGAUGCCAAUACUGUCGACUCCAGAAGUGCUUUGAAGUGGGAAUGUCCAAAGAAUCCGUCAGGAAUGACAGGAACAAGAAGAAGAAGGAGCCUUCGAAGCAGGAAUGUGCAGAAAGCUAUGAAAUGACGGCUGAGCUGGACGAUCUCACAGAGAAGAUCCGCAAAGCCCACCAGGAAACGUUCCCCUCACUCUGCCAGCUGGGUAAAUACACCACGAAUUCCAGUGCUGACCAUCGAGUCCGACUGGACCUGGGCCUCUGGGACAAGUUCAGUGAACUGGCCACCAAGUGCAUUAUUAAGAUUGUGGAGUUUGCUAAACGUCUGCCAGGCUUCACCGGCUUGACCAUUGCAGACCAAAUCACCCUGCUGAAGGCUGCCUGCCUGGACAUUCUGCUCCUGCCUUUGGAAAUGGAUGACACAGAAACAGGCCUUCUCAGUGCCAUCUGCUUAAUCUGUGGAGACCGCCAGGACCUUGAGGAACCAACAAAAGUAGAUAAGCUACAAGAACCACUGCUGGAAGCACUAAAAAUUUAUAUCAGAAAGAGACGACCCAGCAAGCCUCACAUGUUUCCAAAGAUCUUAAUGAAAAUCACAGACCUCCGCAGCAUCAGUGCUAAAGGUGCAGAACGUGUAAUUACCUUGAAAAUGGAAAUUCCUGGAUCAAUGCCACCUCUCAUUCAGGAAAUGCUGGAGAAUUCUGAAGGACAUGAACCCUUGACCCCAAGUUCAAGUGGGAACCCAGUGGAGCACAGUCCCAGCACCUCACCCAGCUCAGUGGAAAACAGCGGUGUCAGUCAGUCACCACUGGUGCAAUAAGACACUUUGCAGCUACUUCAAACAUUCCCCAGUACCUUCAGUUCCAGGAUUUAAAAUGCAAGGAAAAAAAACAUUUUUACUGCUGCUUAGUUUUUGGACUGAAAAUAUAUUAAAACUCAAGAAGGACCAAGAAGUUUUCAUAUGUAUCAAUAUAUACUCUUCACUGUCUAACUUACCUAGAAAUACAAACUUUUUCAAUUCUAAAAAUCAGCCAUUUCAUGCAACCAGAAACUAGUUAAAAGCUUCUAUUUUCCUCUUUGAAUACUCAAGAUUGCAUGGCAAAGACCCAGUCAAAAUGAUUUACCCCGGUUAAGUUUCUGAAGACUUUGUACAUACAGAGAAGUAUGGCUCUGUUCUUUCUAUACUGUAUGUUUGGUGCUUUCCUAUUGCCUUGCAUACUCGGAAUAACCAAGACACCAAGGUUGUGAAACAGACUACCAUACGUGUCCAACUAAGAAAGGCUCAAAAAAAAUAACUGUCUUGCUUUCACAGAGCAACCAGGACAUCAAGGUAAGGAAAGGGGACUGUUGUACAGUAUGACAAGAUAAAGCUAGAGAUAAUUCUAAUUUAGUUAGUAUGGAAGCUUGUCCUUGCUCUUUUUGACGCUCUCAAACUGCGUCCUCUAUUUCAUGUUGCCCAGUAAAAAGAUACAAAUUCACUGCACUAGCAGAAGAGAAUUCUGUAUCAGUGUAACUGCCAGUUCAGUUAAUCAGAUGUCAUUUGUUCGAUUGUUAAUGUCACUUUAACAGUGGUUUAUUACUUAAUGACAUAACUACACAAUUUUUUUUAAAAAAGAUACAUUUUUACAGUAAUGGUAGCCUCCAAGGCAGAAACACUUUUCAGUGUUAAUAAGUUUUUUGUUUACCUAUUCACAAGCCAUUAGGGAAAUUUCAUGGGAUAAUUAGCAGACUGGUCUACCACCCAUACCAUGUAACUCCAGUGUCCUUUCAGAUGCCUGCCUGCUACGGAGGGGUUUUUCUAGCCUCCUUGAUGCCCAGAGGCUAAUAUGAACUCCCAAAGGCAUGGACAGAGAAUCUGCAUCCUUUGACCUUGUUCGAUCACUAUGAAGCAGAGUGAAAGCUGUGGUAGAGUGGUUAACAGAUACAAGUGUCAGCUUCUUAGUUCUCAUUUAAGCACUAGUGGAAUUUUUUUUUUUGAUAUAUUAGCAAGUCUGUGAUGUACUUUCACUGGCUCUGUUUGUACAUUGAGAUUGUUUAACAAUGCUUUCUAUGUUCAUAUACUGUUUACCUUUUUCCAUGGAGUCUCCUGGC